CCUACUACCUAAAGAUACCUAAUCUGACUUACAAGCUGCGGCCAAUGAGAGAAGCCCUGGAAGCAUGGCCUGUAACUUCAGGUCACUACCUAACUUGCAUCCAGAGGGGGCACAGCCACUCUACAAUACCUCCUAAGGUAGUAUCCUCUCAACACCAGCAUCCAAACUUCUCCCCAUUACAUACUUCAUUCUAGAUUUCAUCAGAAUAUCACGAAGUCCAUAAUAUGCUAUCUACUAUCAACCUGUCAUCUUAACUAUCCACAGUAACUAAAUACGAACAUCCCUACCGAAGAGAUGACCUUGUUACAGAAACUGCCAGUGUUACUAACACUUACCUCGACCCUUCGUGUUGUUCUAGGCAACCCUACAACGCUCAAUCCGAUUUCCACCCUAUCCGAUGACGAGGAUGACACGCCUCUGCCAGUCAUCAUCUGGCACGGCCUCGGCGACACUUUCUCGGCCGAAGGGUUACAGUCCGUCGGUGGGCUAGUCGAGAAGAUCAACCCGGGCACGUUCGUCUACUACGUGCGGCUCGACGAGAGCCCCUCCAACGACCGCACCGCGACCUUCUACGGCAACGUGACGGAGCAGGUCGCGAAGGUAUGCGACGACCUCGCUGCGCACCCGAUCCUCUCGACCGCGCCCGCCGUCGACGCCGUCGGCUUCAGCCAGGGCGGCCAGUUCCUACGGGCCUACGUCGAGCGCUGCAACUUCCCGCCCGUCCGCACGCUCGUCACCUUCGGCAGCCAGCACAACGGCAUCGUCGACUACAAGGCCUGCUCGGCCGCCGACUGGCUGUGCAAGGGCGCCAUGGCCCUGCUGCACGGCAACACCUGGAGCUCGUGGCUGCAGGGCCGCCUCGUCCCCGCCCAGUACUUCCGCGACCCCAAGGACUUGGACAGCUACCUCGCGCACUCCAACUUCCUGGCGGACAUCAACAACGAGCGCGAGCGGAAGAACGAGACCUACGCCAAGAACAUCGCGAGCCUCGAGAACUUCGUCCUGUACGUCUUCGAGAACGACACCACCGUCAUCCCCAAGGAGACGGCGUGGUUCGAAGAGGUCAACGACGCCGAAGUCACCCCGCUCAGGGCCCGCAAGCUGUAUACCGAGGACUGGAUUGGUCUGAGGGCUCUCGAUAGGAAGGGAGGAUUAAAGUUCAAGACCGUCCCCGGCGAACACAUGCAAAUAUCCGACGAAGUGCUAGAAGGUGCUUUUAGCGAGUUCUUCGGUCCCUUCAAGAGCAGCACUCCCAAGGAUGAGCAAGCAUCGGACGAACUGUAGUGAUUAAGCGCGCGUAUUUUAUUUAGCGUAUAAAUCAAGCGUUAGGACUAAUAGGCAGGCACAGAGGGUAUCGACUUGUUCUUGUUGUUUGCUUG